CUCUCCGUUUUGUAUCGUAUCGAGUCUCUACGCCAUACUCUCUCUCCCACUGUCCAAAAAGAACAGAGAAAAAGAGAAAGAGAGAGAGAGAGCCUCGGGAACUGUGAGAAGAAGAAGAAGAAGGAGCUUAAGCUGCAUUUCUCUCUCCCAAAUCCAUGUCUUCUUCUGCUUCUGCUUCUGUUUCUGUGGAUUCUUCAGGAAUAUAAUCCUACAUUUUCCCCACCAAGGUUGCCCCUCGUUUUUCCGAGAAAAUAUAUACUGGUUUUACAGGCCUUGUGGGUCAGGGAUCAUUCAAGUGGUCAAGCUUAAUUUAACUUCAUUUUCGGUUUUGUGCUAGAAAGCAAGUUAAAAGUUAUGCAGACCCCAAAAGCAAGAAGUGGCUCCUCUGAAGCACCUACAAGGGUCUCUCCUCGAGUUGCACGCCAACUUAGGCCAACUACAUUGGAAACUGAUACUGCAUCUUCUUCAAGUCAAACUACUGGAACACCGAAAGACAGAAGCCCCAAAGUCAAAGAGCGCAAGUCACCUAGAAGCCCCGUGCCUGAGAAAAAGCGCCCCAGUAGAAUAUCUGAAUUGGAAUCUCAGAUUUCUCAACUUAAGGAAGAUUUGAAGAAAGCAAGAGACCAGCUGCGUUCUUCUGAAGCAUGGAAGAAGCAAGCUCAGCAAGAUGCUGAGGAGUCAAAGAAGCAGUUGUUGGCCUUGUCUUCAAAGCUUGAAGAGUCCCAGCAGCAGCUUGUGGAGCUUUCUGCUUCUGAGGAAGCUCGUGUUAUUGAGCUACAGAAGAUUUCACAAGAUCGCGAUCGAGCAUGGCAGUCUGAACUUGAGGCUGUACAGAAGCAUCAUUCAGUUGACUCAGCUGCCUUGGCAUCUGCCAACAAUGAAAUUCAGUGGCUUAAGGUUCAAUUUGAAAUGGUAGCUGCAUCUGAGGCUGCUAAGACAAAGCAUGCAGAAUCAGCAAAUGCAGAGCUUCAAAGAUUGAAGGAAGAGUUAACAGAAACUCUUUCUCUCAUGGAGAAUAUAAAAAACGAGUUAAAGGAUUGUAAAGAAUCCGAAGCUCAAGCUCAAGAACUAGUUGCUGAAACCCUGCUGCAGCUGGAGACUGCAAAGAAAACAGUAGAUGCACUCAGGUUAGAUGGAAAGAAAGCCGUGGAAGCUUACCACUCUGUUGCUUCAGAGUUGGAUCAGUCGAGGGCACGUGUAAGCUUACUUGAAGGACUUGUCAGCAAGCUUGACACUGGCCCCAUUAACACGGGCAGCAAGCUUACACAAAAUCCUGCUACUAACCCUAAUCUUGAACAGGAAUUUGGUGACCAAGAGACUAGGGAAUCAAGCUCAAUUGAGGUAGAGCUAAAUAACUUGAAGUCUGAGGUGGUGCAAUUAAAAUCUGCUCUUGAAACUGCUGAGACCAGAUACCAUGAAGAACAGAUUAGGAGCACAGUGCAGAUAAGAAGUGCUUAUGAAUUGAUGGAGAAAGUAAAAUCUGGAUCCAGUCUAAGGGAGGCUGAGCUGGAGGCAGAGCUGACGAAAUCCAAAGCUGGUAUUGAAGAGUUGAAGGCCAAUCUAAUGGAUAAGGAAACUGAAUUGCAAGGUAUUAUAGAAGAGAACGAGGGUUUGAAUAUGAAGCUUGAGAAGAACCUAGCCAACCAAAGAGAGUCUGAAAUGGAAAAGGAAUUGAAGAAACUAAAGGAGCAUAUUACAGAGUUGAGGGCCAAUUUAAUGGAUAAGGAAACAGAAGUGCAGAAUAUAUCAGAGGAGAAUAGAAUGCUGAAACUGCAAAUCAGCAAAAGCGAGACAAACAAGAGUAGAGUUAUCAGUGAGGUGGUUACCGAAGUAGAGGCAGCAAGGGCUGCAGAGAGAGAGGCUCUUAGGAGAGUUGAAGUUGUGAUGGAGGAAGCAGACAAGAGCAACAAGAGGGCAGCGAGGGUGGCUGAGCAGCUGGAGGCAGCACAAGCAGCAAAUGCAGAAAUGGAGACCGAAUUGAGAAGGCUGAAAGUGCAGUCUGACCAGUGGAGAAAGGCUGCAGAGGCAGCUGCAGCAAUGCUUUCAGCCGGAAAUAAUGGGAAAGUCAUGGAAAGAACUGGGUCGUUGGACAGCAACUAUGAUCCCGUAACUGGUAAAAUAAGUUCACCUUACUCAGAAGAUAUCGAUGAUGAUUUACUGAAGAAGAAAAAUGGCAACAUGCUAAAGAAGAUAGGGGUGCUGUGGAAGAAGCCACAGAAAUAGAAAAGCCUUGCUGCAGAUGGAGCACAGCCAAGUCAUUUAGUAUGAAAUAGAAGUUGGCACUUCAAAAGCUCCUAUUAGUAAAUGUAAUGGCAGUAAUACUAAGAUCAUUUUGGUCUGUCCCUUUUGCCACUGAAUAUAAAUCUUGUAAGGAUGAAUCUUCUGCAUACUUGAAAAUUGAGUACGGCCUUUUUGAACUCUAGUGAUAUAACUAUAAGAAUGUAGUUCAGGAUGAUGGUUAAAUUUAUCAUAUCCUCUUCCUAUUUUGAGACUUGUUUCGAAAA